AUGUUCUCUCUGCUCCUUGGAGCCAUAUUGGUGGUUCUGAACUCAGUGCUGUUUGCUAGGAGCCAGGAGAUGGAGCCCCUUAGUGGCUCAGGUGACCAGCCAUUCUUCAGUGGAGCCGAUCGAUAUGACUUUGCCAUCAUGAUCUCUCCAGGAGGCACAGAAUGCUUUUGGCAAUUUGCCCAUCAAACUGGAUACUUCUAUUUCAGUUAUGAGGUACAGAGAACGCUGGGAAUGUCACAUGACCGGCAUGUUACUGCCACCGCACAUACUCCAAAGGGUUUCAUCAUAGACACCUCUCAGAAUGUUCGGGGCCAGAUUAACUUUUCCACCCAAGAGUCAGGUUUCUAUCAGCUUUGUUUAAGUAAUGAGCAAAACCAUUUUGGUUCUGUGCAAGUGUAUCUCAACUUUGGAGUAUUCUAUGAUGAUCCUCUGGUGGACCACAAACAGAAGGAAAGAAAACGGCUGAAUGAUACUCUGGAUGCAAUUGAGGAGAGUACACAAAAAGUACAGAUGAAUAUUUUCCACAUGUGGAGAUACUACAACUUUGCCCGGAUGAGGAAAAUGGCUGACUUGUUCCUUCUCCAAUCAAACUAUAAUUAUGUGAACUGGUGGUCUACUGCCCAGAGCCUUGCUAUUGUUCUUUCGGGAAUCCUACAACUGUAUUUCUUAAAACGUCUCUUCAAUAACCCAACAACUACAGACACAAAGAAGCCCAGAUGCUAA